AUGAACACGACCGUCACUGCCAAGCCCACUAAUACUAAGACUGAGCAGCAUUUCAAACUCAGAGUAUUCGAGUACAACAAGUGCCGCUAUAUAUAUAUUGCGCAUAAUACGAAGGACGUGGUUACUUCGUACUCCCACUUUGAGAAGGAGAAGAGUCGGUCCGGGUUUUACUCUGGGGAUUGGGACCAUUGCUUUGAGUUGCUCGUCGGGGGCAAGGUUCAGCGUGGGGAUUGGUUUGAUCAUGUCCACAGCUGGUGGGAGCACAAGGACGCCGAUAAUAUCCUAUUCCUCAGAUAUGAGAAUUUGAAGCUUGACCUAGAUGGUGAGCUGAGCAAUAUUGCUGCUUUCUUGGGGUUGACUUGA